AUGCUCGGCAAGCACGCUUUGGCGCAGAUGCUGGCGGCUGAAGGGGUUGAGUACAUAUUCGGCAAUCCCGGCACCAGCGAGACGCCGUUCCUAGACGGCCUGCAGGAUUUCCCUCAGUUGCAAUAUAUUCAGGCGCUGCAAGAGGGGACGGCAGUAGGUAUGGCCGACGGAUACGCGCGGGCGACCGGGAAGCCGGCAUUCGCGAACAUACACAUUGCCGGGGGCCUGGCCAACGGGAUCAGCGGACUGUACAACGCGUUUCGGGGCGGGACGCCGCUGGUGCUGACGGCGGGGAACUCCGACACGCGGAUGCUCAUCAGCGAACCGGUGCUCUCGGGUGACCUGGUGGAAAUGACCAAGCAAUACACCAAGUGGAGCGUGGAGAUUCGGCACGCUUCGGAUAUUCCGGUGGCGGUCCGGCGGGCGUUCAAAGAAGCGAAGACGCCGCCAACCGGGCCGGUGUUCGUAUCGUUCCCGUGGGACACGAUGGACGAAGAGGUAGAUUUUGAACCGGUGUCUUCUUCCGACGGGUACUUCAGAAUCCGCCCGGAUGUGGCGGCGGUUGACCGGGCGACGGAACUGCUGGCGGGGGCCGAGAACCCCGUGAUCGUAAUCGGGGACCGGGUGGCGCAGUCGGGAGCGGUGGAUCAGGUGGUUCGGGUCGCAGAGCAGACUGGAGCGCGGGUUGUCGCCACAUCGUACUCGGAAGUGAACUUCCCGACAGGACACCCGCAAUGGGCCGGGAUGCUCAACCUGAAUAGUCCGGCGACGGCGCGGCAGUUUCAGAACGCCGACGUGGUGAUGGCAGUGGGCACGGAUGUCUUCUCGUCUUUCCUGUACGUGGACGUGCCGUUUUUGAAUCCAGACACGAAACUGAUCCACCUGGACAGCAACUACUGGGAGAUCGAAAAGAGCUACCCAACUGAGGUUGGGAUGAUGGCCGACCCGGCGGCGGGCAUGGCGGACUUGGCGGCGUCGCUGGAGUCGAGCAUGUCCGGCGGGCAGCGGGAAGCGGCGGCGACGCGCGCGGCCACCCUGGCGGCGGCGCGGGAGCGGGACGCGGAGCGGUACCAGGAGCGCAUCGCGGCGACGUGGAACAACGCGCCGAUGCCGGUGGAGCGGAUGAUGCACGAACUGGCAGACGCCGUUCCACCUAACACCAUCGUGGCCGACGAAGCGGUGACGUCGCGGCCGGCGCUGAACCGGGCGUUUGACUUCGAGAAGCCCGGAGACAUCUACGGGAUACGCGGAGGCGCCCUGGGCUGGGCGAUGCCGGGAGCGCUGGGGGUGAAGCUGGCGCAUCCGGAUCGGCCAGUCCUGGCGGUAGUGGGCGACGGGGCGUCGAUGUACACGGUGCAGGCGCUAUGGACCGCGAGCCGGUACAACAUCCCAGUGGUUUACGCCAUCUGCAACAACCAGGCCUACCGCAUCCUCAAGGUGAACAUGGAGGUCUACCUGCGGGACAUGCUGGAUGACCGGGAUCGGUCGAGCGAUUACGUGGGAAUGGACUUCGCCAACCGCCUGGACCUGGCGAUGAUGGCGCAGGCUAUGGGCGUGCAUGGCGAGCGGGUCGAUGAUCCCGCGGAGAUCGGGCCGGCGAUCAAUCGGGCAUUCGAAAGCGGGAAGCCGGCGCUGCUGGACAUUACGAUCAGCGGCGCAUUGUAA